GAUCUGACUGAGGAAGUCUGCAGUGUCGUUCUUUCCAUGGAGAAGGCUGCGGCGCAGUCAUCAAUGCCGCAUCCGAGGAACUGCAUACCGAGGAAUUACAGCUGCAUAGCAGCACUGUUUGGGAGUGUAUCAAUCGCUGAUCAAAGCAAAGAAGACUCGGUGAAAGACGGCUCCGUGGAAUGCACGGAAAACCACGUAGUUCAAGAGAGACCAAGGGGAAGAGAGACCGUCUAUAAGCCUACCUUGCGCAAGAGAGCCAAGUCCCUGCCGGCACCAUUAGAACACACCAAACCUGAAAUAAAAGUGACACCAAGCCCCGCUAGACAGAAGAAGGUCAGGUUUGCUGAUUCUUUAGGCUUGGAGCUUAUUUCAGUGAAGCAUUUCUGCAAUGCCGAUGUGCCAGAGGUACCAAUUCAUGUCAUGGCCAGGUUGGAGCAGCAAAAACCACCCAACCACCUUUGGAACGUGGACGUGCGCAGAACACCUACGCAGUCCAACUUUUUGGAGACCCAGUUUGUUAACCCUUUGCAAGCCCCCGGAUUCUUAGAAAGAGUACAGCAAUUGAAAGUAUCUUUGGAAACCGUGGGCACAGAUGACUUCAGCAUCAACGGGGUAAUCAGAGUUCUAAAUAUCUCUUUUGAGAAAAAGGUCUUCGUGAGGUAUACUUUGGACAAUUGGUUGACUUUUAUGGACGUGCCAGCUUCUUAUAUAUAUAAUUCCAGCAACGGGACAACUGAUAGAUUCUCUUUCAAGUUAAUUACACCGACCUUUCAGGAAUCCGGAGGUACAUUGCAGUUUGCCAUUAAGUACUGUGUAGGCGUAGAAGAGUAUUGGGACAAUAAUAAGGGAAAUAACUACAAGAUAAAAAGCCACAGGAUGAAAGUCUCUCCACCAAAAGAAUGGGAAAAUGCUUGGAUUCACUUCAUAUAAUCCAUGCGUUGAAGAUAACACUUUGUUCAACAUAUUGUCUUUGUAUUCAUUACCAAGUAAGUGAAUGUUUGAGUUAUUUAUAGAAUUUAUUUAUGCAUAAUAGAUGUAUUGGUGCCUAAAACAAAUUAUGUUUUUUUGGGGGGGAAAGGGGAAAAUAUAAAAAUGUGUGUAUGUUUUUUUUUUUUUUUUUUUUUUCCCUCUACCGAUAUCUUAAUAUAUUAAAGAAGAAAGUGUGUCUCUCUGUCUGCUCCUUUAUGCAUUUGGACCCCGCAGGAGUCAGUGCAACCACACUUUGCAUGGCCUUCUCUUUCAUCCAGGGGUAGGUCGAGGGCUAUGUUUGGAUCCGAAAUGUUGACUUUAUUUAGUAAACCCAUUGCUGGAUCACUACAGUAGCCAUGUAUCUCAAAUUAAAGAAACCCACAAAACCACCCAAUAAUAAUAAUAAUAAUAAUAAUAAUAAUAAUAAUAAUAAUAAUAAUAAUAAUAACAACAAAAUAGGUUAAAGCCCAGCACAGUUAUGUUUGUUUGUGUUGCGUAAAAACAAUUACAUAAACGGGUUGUGUGUGUAUAUAGCAAAAAAACAUUUUAUUUUGGGUUUUACCACAAUGAUUGUGUUGUUUUUAACAAUUCUGCGUUACCCCGUUUGUCAAAAUGAGUCCAUGUAAUUAUUCAAAUGGAUAUUGAGAUUUUCAUUAUGAACCAUAACAUGGUAUUUUUUAUUUGGGUGUUGGGACCUGGAAUGCAUACAAUCUGCAGUGUAUGUUUUAUAAAUGUAAAUUAAAUAUAGCCUAUACUUUUGUGUUUGGGAAACUACUAUACUGUAUUUUGCCACCAAUACAAUACCGUUUUUCUUAUGAUACCAGUUGAGUUCAUAUCCCUGGCAGGCAUGCAAAGUGUCUUGGUCAUAAGAAGUAGGCCUAAACUGCUGAAGUGUUGGUUGGGAACUGGACUCAACAUGUCGUUUUGAGUAAUGCCUAAUCUUUGGUUUAUAAUGCUGUUCUUUUGAUUACUUUUAUAUAUCUCUUAACAGUAAUGAUUUUAUUUUAUUUAUUUUUUUUAAUUUGAAAAGUAUAUUUUUGGGAGGGGACAUAGCGUAAUAUAUCAGAAUGAAUGUGUCAAGUAUAUGACAAAAUUAAAUAAACCUGUGCAAAACUAGUGCAAUAAGUUAUACACAUUUGUAUAUAAUUUAAACAACACCUGGUAUUGAAGUUUCAUUCUACAGUGUUUGUUUGUACCAUUUAAAAGAAGUGUACUGAAGGCAUUAGGCAUACUGUAAAACAGGAUUUUUUUUGCGGCAACUUAAUUUCGCUAAUGGCCUACAAGGUUAAUUUUUGCUGCAAUAAAUGUCUGCGCUUCUUUUUCUUUUAAUGUACGGCACAUGUAUGACUAAUAUAUUUCACGGUACAUUAAUUUUGCAGGUUUUUAAUAAACGCGAAAUUAGCAAACAUUUCUUGCUCGCGAAAUUUUCUGGAUUUACAGUAGUACAGCACUGGUGCAGACCAAUUUUAAAAUCUGACCUAACCUAGUGACUCGGUUUAAGAAAUACAACUGGGCAUGAUUUAUUUUUUGGCUAAAUACAAAAAAAAGCUGAAAAGUUCUAUGAAAAACAUAAUUAUGUCGCAGAAAUCUGAACAUUUGUAAAUAUAAACAUUUACUGAUGGUUACAAAGUUAAUAUUCAGACCAUCAACUGUUGUCUUUGAUAAUUCUGACAUUUAAAUUAAGAUCAUAUUUGUAUUUAACAUCUGUGUGGUUACAAAUAGUCAAAGAUUAAUGCUAAUUGGGCCCUGAUAUCAAGAGAUAUGAUAAAAUCCUCCUUUUUUAUAUAAAGCAAAAAUAUGUUCUCUAGAGCUUUAUGUUUUAAAUAUUUAUUAUUUUAUAUGUAUAGUUUUGGAUUAUUAUAUUUACUUUGUUUGUGAAUCCUGUUCUAUUAUUCUGCAUACUGUUUAAAAAAUGAUCUGGGACAUUUUGUGAAUCAUUGUCAUAUAUCAGUGCAAUGAUCUGUCUGCUGUAGUGUGGUGGAUACAUGCUUAGACCUAAAUGAAGUGGUGUUGUUCUGACAUUUAAAAUUAAAAUGUUACAGUUUAACCAACGUAAGAUUGAUACACUUGAUUGCUUCACUUUCAAAGUACUGAUGACUAUAGGGAAUAACCUUUGUAUUAGUUUAUUUUUUUAUGAGUACAUUGCAUGAGUUCCUGUUUAGAUAAUAAUCUUGGUUAAAUAUAUGGUUUGUAAUGUAAGAAGAAUACUAGGAACAAGUAAAAUAGAACUUGGAAGCUAUUACAGACAGGACAUGACUGUGAUGUUACUGUUCUAUUUGGUUGAUAAUGGUGUGAGCAGGGGAUUAUUUAGAAGGAUUAUUUGGGCAGCAGUGUGGAGUAGUGGUUAGGGCUCUGGACUCUUGACAGGAGGGUUGUGGGUUCAAUCCCACAUGGGGGCACUGUUGCUGUACCCUUGAGCAAGGUACUUUACCUAGAUCGCUCCAGUAAAAAGCUAUCUGUAUAAAUGGGUAAUUGUAUGUAAAAAUAAUGUGAUAUUUUGUAACAAUUGUAAGUCACCCUGGAUAAGGGCGUCUGCUAAGAAAUAAAUAAUAAUAAUAAUUUAGCUCUUUGAUGUAAUUGGGUAUAGGAAGAUUAUUCAAUUACCAAAUUGCUCCUUUGCUACAGGUCAGCCUCCCUCUCGUGUAAACCACAGAGAAAAAUCAAAACAAUCAAAGACCAAAAAUCUUAAUUACGAGUGCUAAGGGGAUAAUGUUGUUAAUCUAAAGAAAUUGCAAUGUAUUGAUUGAUUCCUUUAAAUGCAUCUUGGUCAAUCAACAAAGGAUGACACUUCUAUGGUCUUAUCUAUAGCAGAAUUGUAGCAGCACAUAGCACACGUAAUCACAAAAUUUGUAUAUCAGCAGAUCUUACUUACAUCAGUACUCUUCAGCAAUUUCCUUUACAUUUUUCUAUUUCCUGUUUUGCUUGCAAAAAACUAUUACUUAGUGAAUUUAUAGAACAAAAUGACAUUUUAAUGUAUAACGUCUUCCAUGCCAGGUUAUGUCAUGCAAGGUCAUGUGAGAUUUCUGAACAAGAAACUUGUUUCAGGGUGGAACACCAGUCAACAAAAGAUAACGUGUUUGUUGCAUAAAGGAAGUCAGUCAUUGGUAAUGGUAUUUCUCUGUACUUAACUAUCAACAUGCAACUCUGAAACUUCUGUCCUUUUAAAAUAUAUUUUUUUAUUGAGAUGUAGUCUAUAAAAAGGUAAAAGGUAAAAAGAAGGAUAUAGUGCAAGUAUGUGACUCGGGUGUGGGGAAUAUGAAACAAAAUAGUAUUUUUUUUACAUCACACCUUCCCUGCACUAGAUAAUUCCUAAGGAAGGGCUAACAACCAAAAUCUGAUUUUUAAAAUUACAUACUUUUUUUUUUUUUUCUAACACCACUUAUACAGUUAACUAGGAUGAAUAUUUUUCUUGGUAUUGUUAUAUUUCUGUAUAAUGUUUUAAAUAUGUCAUUGUAACAGAAAGUAUAUUUUUGUGUAUUUAUUGUUGCGUAUUAUUGUAAAGCUGUAUUUUUUAACUAUGCAAAACUAUAAAGAUAAACUUUCUUGCAGUAAAGCAAAAUAAAUUGUUGGGUCUAUAUUUGAAUAUAGGCAGUCUGUUGUUUUUGUAUAAGCAAGCUCAUUGUCAAUUGUGUGUGUAUGAAUGUAAAGCAAUAUGUGUCUGUGUGCAUGCACAGUAACCUGUAAUAUGUGAAAAAUCAUUGUAUUUUUAUGGUGAAUUUAUAAUGUAUACUUAAUUUUAAUAACAAGUAUAUUAAAUGUCUUUGUGAUGAGAGCAAUAAAGAAUUGUAUUGAGAUUCAUUACUUAUUUUA